AUGUACACUGAGCAUGUGGCAGCCAGUAUGAACAGGAAGAAGAUUGCAGAGUGUUCUCCCUAUGCAGCUCACCUCUUUGAUGCCGAAGACCCGAGCACCCCUGACCGGACCAUCCCUGGACUCUGUCAGGAUUACUGCUCCCAGUUUUGGAAUAAGUGCAGUUCCACCAUCCCUCUCCUGACUGAUGACCCACACAUUGCCAAAGUCAAAGCAGACCAGACUCGUGUCUGCCAGUACCUGGCGCUAGAUGACGUGGACUACUGCUACCCACACCUCCUCAGCAACCAGAAGCUAACACAGAACCUGGGCCGGGUUCAGUCAGACACAGAUGGUUGUCUGCAGCUGUGUCUAGAAGAAGUGGCCAACGGUCUGCAGAACCCACUAGCCAUGGUCCACGCCAAUGAUGGCACACAUCGGUUCUUUGUGGCUGAACAGGUGGGCUUGGUGUGGACCUACCUUCCUGACCGGUCCAAACUGCAGAAACCAUUUUUGAACAUUACUAAGGCGGUCUUAACAUCAUCAUGGGAAGGUGAUGAGAGAGGCUUUCUAGGACUCACCUUUCAUCCCAUGUACAAGUACAAUGGGAAGCUGUAUGUGUAUUACUCAGUGGAGGUAGGUUUUGAUGAGAGGAUCAGGAUCAGUGAGUUCCAUGUGUCAGCCAACGACAUGAAUGUGGUGGAUCACACCUCUGAGCGGGUUAUUCUGGAGAUCGAUGAGCCUGCAUCAAACCACAAUGGAGGGCAGCUGCUCUUCGCCGAUGACGGUUACUUGUACAUUUUCACAGGUGAUGGUGGAAUGGCAGGAGACCCAUUUGGGAAAUAUGGGAAUGCUCAGAACAAGUCAGCUCUCUUGGGUAAAGUUCUUCGUAUUGAUGUGGAUGACAACGAGAGAGGUCCACUGUACAGAGUCCCUCCAGAUAACCCGUUCAUACAUGAGCGAGGAGCUCGACCUGAGAUUUACGCCUAUGGUGUCCGCAAUAUGUGGAGGUGCUCGGUAGACCGGGGCGACUUUCACACCAAAGAGGGCAAAGGACGCAUCUUCUGUGGGGACGUAGGCCAGAACAAGUUUGAAGAGAUUGACAUUAUCGAGAAAGGGCGGAACUACGGCUGGAGAGCUAAAGAGGGCUUCUCCUGCUAUGAUAAGAAGCUUUGUGCCAACAGCUCACUAGAUGAUGUCCUGCCGAUUUAUGCAUACCCCCACAAGAUGGGCAAGUCAGUGACUGGUGGCUAUGUGUACCGAGGCUGUGAAUACCCCAACCUGAACGGGAUGUACAUAUUUGGAGACUUCAUGAGCGGGCGUUUGAUGAGUCUGCAGGAGGACAGAAACACUGGGCAAUGGAAAUACAAUGAGAUCUGUAUGGGGAUGGGCCUGACCUGCGCCUUCCCUGGACUCAUCAACAACUACCACCAGUACAUCAUCUCUUUUGCUGAGGAUGAAGCUGGCGAGCUGUACUUCAUGUCCACUGGAGUGCCGAGUGCUACGUCACCUUCAGGAGUCGUUUAUAAAUUGGUGGAUCCCUCAAGACGUGCUCCACCGAGGCAGUGUCACUAUGACCCUCUUCCUGUCAGAGUUAAAAGUAAUCUCAUAAAGUUUGUUCCGCAGGAAACAUUGAUUGGCAUUGAGCCAUCAAGCAAUAACCAGCCUGAGCCACAACCCACACAAUCAUACGACUGGCUCCAAGAGCUCAUUGACCGUCUCGGUGAACUAGGACCAGACCUGGCCACCCCUUUACCAACCACUACUACCACCAAACCACCCAGACAGUCAAGGCGGAAAGGUCGGCGCAGAAAGGGAAAAUCCAGAAUGGAACCUGGACCCGAGCUCCAGAGUGGAAGGGUGAGGCUGUCUGGAGACGAAGAAGGCCGCAGUGACCGUGGACGAGUGGAGAUCUACAUUAACGGGGAGUGGGGCACCGUGUGUGAUGACCUAUGGACCACCAAGAAUGCUGCAGUGGUUUGCCGGCAGUUAGGCUUCCGGUACGCUCUGAAAGCAGCCAAGAACUCAGAGUUUGGUGAGGGGAAGGAUAUGCGGAUUCUUCUGGAUGAUGUUCAGUGUGAAGGCACAGAGUCCAGCCUGCUGGAAUGUAAACACGCCGGCGUCGGGACACAUAACUGUGCCCACUAUGAAGAUGCCGGGGUGAUCUGUGGCAACUCAGACUACGUUGUGCAAGUCUAA